AAAGUACUUUCGAAGACUUCCUGCUCCAUUAAAUUAAGACUGUCACCCCAUCAGACACACGUACACCUUGCCACGUAGUCAAGUGCCUUAUUUACUUCUCUUAUUUACUUCCUCCCUACCUUGAUCACUGGCCUUUCGUACUUAGCUGUCUUUGGUCCAUUAGAUGCUGUUUUCCCUUUCUCUUUAUCUCUCUCUGGCUUACAGGCAGGCUUGUCUGUAACAUCGGAGAUAGGGUUGCUCUAG